AUGUGUGGGAGAGAAAGAGAGAGAAAGAAUAUUGGGAUUGUUUGCUGGUGGAGAAGUGGGGCGGGAUCAGGAGCCGAUGAGGAGUGGGGUGGGUUGUGGUGGCAAAGAACGGACAUAGAGAGACAUGGAAAAUGGAGACGGACCGCUCCCCCUUCCCCUACCCCUCCCUUUUCCAACGCCAAUUAUCUCCCCAGCCUCUCACCCCCACCAAACUAA